ACUUUCGACUUUUGGAAAUCACGCGGCGUUUCUGGUCCACGACCGAUACCAGGAUUCGGGACUUUCAAAAACGUUGUACUUGGAAAGGUGUCUUUGAGCGAUUAUAUGAAAAAACUAUACAACGACUACAAAGAUGAACCGUUGAUUGGGAUAUUCGCUGGCAGGACGCCCAUACUUAUCGUAAAACAUCCAGAUUUAAUUAAGGAUAUUCUUAUCAAAGAUUUCUCCAUAUUCCCCGACAGAUGGUCCGGCUCUCAUGACAGGGGCGAUCCGCUGUCGCAAAAUCUUUUCGAACUGGAUUCGAAAAGAUGGCGACCAUUAAGGGCAAAGCUGACGCCUGUUUUUACAUCUCGUAAACUAAAGGAGAUGUUCGUGUUAAUAUCAGAGUGCUCUGACCAUCUUGUCCAACACGUGGAAAAAUUAGUGAACAAAAAUGAGCCUAUAGAAUGUGUCGAGAUGACGGCCAGAUACAUGACCGACGUCAUAGGUAGCUGCGUGUUCGGCAUUGAGAUGAACGCAAUGUCGAACGAGGACAGCGAAUUUCGCAGGAUAGGAAGAACUCUGUCCCAUCCGUCCUUCUGGAAUCGCCUACGAUUCGCCAUCAAGGACUACUUGCCGUGGCUCUUCGAUAUCCUCUAUGGUUGCAUCCUGCCGCAAUCGGAGAAGACUAGGUUCUUCAUGCGCAUUGUUCUAGAGACUAUGGACUACAGAGAAAAAAAUAAUAUUACUAGAAAUGAUUUUAUUGAUACGCUGCGCGAAUUGAAGAAACAUUCGGAUAAAAUGGGCGACAUCGGUAAAUAUUAUUUGCUGUUUAUUGUUUGAAAAUUUUGUUGGACG